AGUCUAAUGGUGACCAGCAAUGCAGCGGCGCGCUGAGUGGGUGUGUCCGGAGCAGCGCGUCUCUCCGCCGGUAACCGGCGCUGCUGCUGCCGCUGAUGGAGAGAGCGAGACAGGCCGAAGGUGGGUGGGGACAUCCGAGCCAUUGUCGGGAUAAACGCACCUCACGCUCGAGCGCCUGAACGCUGAGCUCGCGCUAAUCCGCGCAGGAGAAGACUGAAUAAACAACUCAGCUUUGGCCGAAGCUUGAUUUUAGGAAUCUGACACCAUGACUGCAGAGGAGAUUAUAAACAUUAAAGAAGCAGAGAUAAUCAAGCUGAUCCUGGACUUUCUGAACUCCAGAAAGCUCCACAUCAGUAUGCUGGCCCUGGAAAAAGAGAGCGGCAUCAUUAAUGGGCUUUAUUCAGAUGAUAUGCUCUUCCUGAGGCAACUUAUAUUAGACGGGCAAUGGGAGGAAGUCUUGCAGUUCAUCCAGCCUUUGGAGUGCCUGGAUAAAUUUGACAGAAAGAAAUUUCGAUAUAUCAUCCUAAAACAGAAGUUUCUGGAAGCUCUGUGUGUAAACAACGCCAUAUCUGCGGCAGAUGACCCUGAGAAUCUGGAGCUGACUAUGCAAGAUGCGGUGAAGUCCCUUCAUUCCCUGGAAGAGUUCUGCCCAACCAAAGAAGACUACAGCAAACUCUGCCUGCUCCUCACGCUCCCGCGCCUCACCCACCACACCGAAUUCAAGGACUGGAACCCCAGCACGGCCCGUGUGCACUGCUUCGAGGAGGCCUGCUCCAUGGUGGCCGAAUUCAUCCCUGCCGACCGCAAACUGAGUGAAGCCGGAUUCAAAGCCAGCGGCGACCGUCUGUUCCAGCUCCUCAUCAAGGGAAUCCUGUACGAAUGCUGCGUUGAGUUCUGCCAGAGCAAAGCCACUGGAGAGGAAAUCAAUGAGGAGGAGGUUCUCCUCGCUGUUGACGUCCUGUGCGGGAACGGUUGUGAGGAACUGGACUUAAGUUUGCUGUCUUGGCUGCAAAACCUCUCGCCAUCUGUCUUUGCUUGUGCAUUUGAGCAGAAGACCCUCAGCAUCCACGUAGACCGGCUCGUCAAACCGGCCCGGACGGGUCACGCAGAUCUUCUCACUCCUCUGCUCACCAAACUCUCGCCCUGCCCAGCAUCGCCUCUACGGCGGCCCCAAUCAGCAGAUACUUACAUGUCCCGCUCUCUCAAUCCCGCCCUGGACGGUCUGUCCCACGGUUUGGUGGGAAGAGAAAAGAAAAGCACGGAAGGGGACGGGAAAGCAACGGCCAUGUCGCAGUCGUUCGCCAACUUUGGUUAUCCUUCAGGAGGAAAUGGAAGCAAAACCACAAUGGAGAGCAACGUCCUCAGUGAUUCGCCUGACAGAGCACCGGACGAGAAGAUAAACGGCUCAGGAGCAGCGAACUUACUGCGUCCUCCACUGACUCCUGGCAGAGAUGGUGGAGCCACGGGUUCAGCUGAAAAAUCGGAGGAGCAGCUUCAGGAGUUCCAGCGGCAGCGUCUGCGGGUGCAGCAGCAUCUCGAGCAGAAGCAGCAGCAGAGGCAGCUGUACCAUCAGAUGCUGCUGGAGGGUGGAGUUCAUCCCCCAGAUAAGCCCACAGAUGCAGCGCAGCACAGUCUCACACAGAAGUUCCUCAACAGAUCCAUACAGAAACUGGAGGAGCUGAACGUGGGAAUGGAGGACCUGGGUGAAGACGUCCAGGCUUUGGCUCAGCAGUGUAACGGUACGGCAGCGAGCGGAGACGGUAAACAGACCCCAGAGCCCGGAUCAGGCCUGAACAAGACCGCGGUGAUCAGCAGCACCCCUCAGAAGGGAGGAGGCCGAGGCGUCCCAUCUCUGGACGAGUCCCCAGUGCUGGUCAACAAGAGUGUGUUUCAGGACGAGAAACCCAAAUCCCCAUUUGUUGCAGUGCAGACGCUGGAGGACACGCAGGCUGUGCGCGCGGUUGCCUUCCACCCAUCUGGGACCCUCUAUGCAAUCGGCUCCAACUCCAAAACACUGCGUGUCUGCACUUACCCACAAUCCCUCAAAACCAGUCCUCAGGGUCCAGUAAAACAGCCUGAGAUCUGCUUCAAGCGUAUUAAACACCAUAAAGGCUCUAUUUACUGUGUGGCCUGGAGUCCCUGCGGGCAGCUUCUUGCCACAGGCUCCAAUGACAAGUACGUCAAAGUUCUUCCGUUCAAUGCGGACACCUGCAACGCCACAGGUCCAGAUCUAGAGUUCAGCAUGCAUGACGGCACCAUCAGAGACCUGGCGUUUAUGGAGGGUCCCGAGAGCGGAGGGGCGAUCCUGAUCAGCGCUGGGGCUGGAGACUGUAACAUCUACACCACUGACUGCCAGAGAGGACAGGGGCUGCAUGCUCUCAGCGGACACACAGGACACAUCCUGUCUCUGUACACGUGGGGCGGGUGGAUGAUCGCCUCCGGCUCUCAGGAUAAGACGGUGAGGUUUUGGGACCUGCGUGUGCCCAGCUGUGUGAAGGUGGUCGGGACAGCCCUGCAUGGAACAGGAAGUGCUGUGGCCUCGGUGGCGGUGGAUCCCAGUGGGCGGCUCAUGGCCACCGGAUUGGAGGACUGUCGCUGCAUGCUUUAUGACAUCAGAGGAGGUCGAAGCGUCCAGGCGUAUCGGCCGCACACCAGCGACGUGCGUUCAGUGCGCUUCUCUCCUGGAGCCCACUAUCUGCUCACCGGCUCCUACGACAACAAGGUCAUGAUCACUGAUCUUCAAGGGGAUCUCACCAAAACGCUGCCGGUCAGUGUGGUGGCUGAACACGCUGAUAAAGUGAUCCAGUGCCGUUGGCACACCAGAGACCUGUCCUUCCUGUCCUCCUCAGCUGAUAAGACGGUCACACUGUGGGCGUAUCAGCCUUGACCACAGCAGAAGCCAAACACAAGAGCAUAGAAAACACAGAGCAAGCUGCACUCGGACUGAGGAGCGAAAGAGUGUGUCAGUGUGUGUUUGUUUGUAUUUCUUUGUAACUUUACUCCAGUGCACUCACAUGAGAAAACAAAAAAAAAAAAACGACUGUUGGUUCUCAGUCCUAGUCAUGUCAUCAUCUGAAAUUGCAUGUCUACUGGAAGAAACAGCUUUAUUGUCAAAUGUAUUGCAAUUCAGAAAAACACUAAUGAUGUCCUUUCACUUAAAAACACGAAAAAAGCCACGCGUAGCAUUGCUUCUAUAUUUUGCUAUUUCAAGUGAACGAAACAGUCCUGAAAAUGUGAGCUGAAUUGUGCCUUGAGGUGAUGUUCUCUGUAGUUACACUAAUUGAACUGAAUGUCUUGUAAAUAUGAGCUUUUGUACAGGCUUUAAUGCUAAGAUCACUGUAAAGCACACUUCACUAUAGACUUCACUCCUUCAGCAACUGUUAAUGCCGCAUGAAUAGUCAUGUCUUUAUUUGAAUAAAUGUAAAUGAAGCAACUGAGGAUAGAAGUUUUGUGAAAGUCGUCCUCCUCAGUGUUGAAAUGGUUUCAUGCAUUUUUAGGAAUGCUUUUAUUUUGGAUUGUCAUUUUCCUCAUGCAUAUAUUUAUAUGCAUAAUAUGCAUCACUUCAGCACCUUUUUGUAUUGAUGGAGGACAGUUAGAGCACUCUGUCAAUCACCUGUUGUACAAAGUAUGUGAUAGUAAUUUAUUUGAACAUGGAAAUAAACACGGUUUUGAAACUACGGGAUU